GUGCCGGCCAUAGUCAGGUGCAUCCACCAGUGGCUCACAUCCAAUGUGUCUGCUGAGAACAGGCUGGACAAGACUCUUGUCCUGCUGACCGAGGCACACCCCAUGGAUGUUGCAGUGACCCUGCUGCGCUCUGCCUCAGCCUGUGACAGAGCUGCUCGCACCAUGUGGAAGACGCUCGUCUCCUCCAGAUGGACGAAGGAGCCGGUGCUGCAGAUCCUCUUCCGUGUGCUGGAAUACUGGCCAGCGCACAGGAGACGCACCUCUGAUGGGGAUGAGAGGGAUGUCUUUGCCCUGGCUGCAACUGUGGCACUCUGGGAGAUCCUCCAGCUGUCCUGGUGCCCAGGAGCAGUGAAGGACAAUUUCCCCCGCCUCCUUCUGACUCUGCUCUUCCAAGUUUUCAUCAGCACAGAGGAGAUGUCAGAGGAGGUCGAGACCUUCUGGAGGCGAUGCCGGGAGCAGCGCAGCCUUCCCCCCAACCCCAACAGGUUUGCAGUGCAGACCGUUAAAGCCCUGCUGCGCCAGCUGCUGGAUGAGGACGUGCUGAUGGUCAUCGGCCGCAAGGGUGGCUGGGACAUGCUCCUCAAGGCUGACAGCCACCACUAUGCAGUGGGUCUGCUGGCCAGGGAGCUGUGCCGUGUCUCCCGCUCCUUCUGCCGCAGCAUCGCCGUCAGCCUGCUCCCGCGGCUCAGCAGGGAAGAGCCCCUGUGGGAACUGCCUGCCCUGGCGUUCCUGGUGGAGGUCCUGCACUGCCUCAACCCCAGACAAUGUGGGCCCAGCGUCCUGCAGAUAAUUUCAAGGCGCCUGCGCAGCCAUUGCCCGGAGAGGUGUCGCCUGGCGCUCCGAGGCCUGCUGGUGAUCAGCAAGGCUCCCGCAAUGGCUAAGAGCAUCUGGAGCCUGAAUGAAAGCCUCCUGGAACUACUGCAGGAUGCAGACAGAGACGCGGUUCAGAUGACUCUCUCUGCGUUCAUCAACGUGCUGGGCUUGAAAAUCAUUCAAAUAUCCAACCCCACUGCCCUGAAGUUGCUUGAGGCGCUGCGACCACUCUUUGACAACGAGCACAGCCAGCUGCAGCAGCUCUCCAUGCUCCUCUUCCGGGAGGUGCUGGAAGCGACAGAGAGGAGCAAGAGCCUAAAGCCACCUGUGUACCUGAGGCUGGUGCCACUCUACUUCAACUGGCAGGAUGAGAACCAGCGUGUGGCAGAGGCCUCUCGGAGAGCACUGUUUGGUGCAGCCAGGUUCCUGAAGUGGAGGGACCUUGAGCACUUGGUGACCACGGAGCAGCCGUGGAGGUUUCCCGAGUGCCUGCUGGAAAAGGACAGGAGCCGAGUGGGCCAGUACGUGCGCCAGGCCCUGCCGUACCUGGAGAGCCCAGAGGAGCCCCUGCGAAAGCUGGCCAUCAAGUUUCUGGGGAUCGCUGCCAGGUCCAUGAAGCAGGAGCAGCCAGAGAUGCAGCUCAUCUGCCAGGCCCUUCAAAACAUAACUGAUGACAGCCCUGCUGUCUCAAACCUGGCACGUGAAACGCUCCACAUCAUCAGAGCUGUACGGAGAACUCCCUUCUUCCCAUUCUGGUAGUCUCCGUUCCUGCCUCUUCCAGCCCGUAGAGGCGUGACAGAUGGCAUCAGACUCGCCAUGGCAGGCCUGGCAAUUCAAUACUGC